AUGGAAAAUUUUAUAGUUCCAGAGGGUUACGAAUACAUUUAUAUAAAUCAAAGUAGUUUUAGAACAAAACUACAAUCUAAAGAAGACGUAGAGAACUGGGUACACGAUUUAGAAGAAAAAACUAAAGUUACUUAUAGAAUAACUAAAACAUUCCUAGUAGGUUCGAAAAUAUUUGCGAAAAUGGAUGAGAGGGCUUUUAAGGGAGAAAAUAUACCAAAAAAUCGUAAAAGAAAAGUGGAGAGUGAGGCCAGAGUGAGUGGAAAUGAAUACGUGACUGGCAAAAGUAUGAAAAACAAACCUGCCACGGACAGGCAAAUGGUAAGGGAUCAUAUUAAUACCUUUCCACGGGAUGAAAGCCACUACAACAGGACUAAAUCAGAGAAGGAGUACUUAAGUUCAGACCUUAAUAUGAACAGGUUAUUUAAAGCCUACAAAAUAAAACACCCCGGCACUACUGUCACAUACAAAUUUUAUCGAUCAGUUUUCUUAAAGGAUUUUCCUAAGUUAUAUUUUAGAAAACCGCGAGUUGACACGUGCAAGACGUGUGACUCUCUCUUUUUAAAAUCGAAAAGCAAAGACGUCAUUGUUUCAAAACAAGCCAAAACUCAUCUUGAGUUGCAUCAGAGACAGGUGGAAAAUGUGUUAAAGGCAAUAAAGCAAGAUGCUGGGAAUAGAACUUUACCAGAAAGCGACACCUGUACCGUGACUAUCGACUUACAAAAAGUUUUUGCUCUACCGAAACUUACACAUACUAGUAUGUAUUAUAGUCGCCAGUUGUCGUGCUACAACUUCGGCAUCCAUGUUACUGACACUGCUGAUGGGAUCAUGUGCGUCUGGCACGAAGGGCAGUCUGGUCGAGGCGGAAACCAGAUGGCUUCUUGCCUUUUACAAGCCCUGAACACUGGACUCCUUGCCACCUAUAAACGCAAGUUGUGUGUAUGGAGUGAUAACUGUGCUGGGCAGUUGAAAAAUCGGAUGUUACUGUUUUUGUACAUUUUCCUCGUGGCCACUGGCAAGUUCGACACGAUUGAUCACAAAUUUUUAAUUUCGGGACACAGUUUCUCUGCUUCAGAUCGUGACUUUGUCAUAAUAGAGAAACGGGCAAGAGUUUCAAAAUUGAAUAAUGUUGAAGACGUAAAGAAAUGUAUCUUUACUGCAAGACCAAAACACCCCUUCAAGCUACUGGAUAUGGGAGAUUUUUUUUUAUAA